AUGAGGGGUGCCAAUGCAGGUGUUCAGAGGAAGAUCAAAGAUGUGUACCCAAAUGCCCAUUAUAUCCACUGCUAUGCACACCAACUCAACCUGAUCAUGCAACAGGCCACCUCUCACAUUUCCAAGGUGAGAAUUUUUUUUUCUGACCUGGGUGGAUUUGCGAGCUUUUUUUCCAGGUCACCCAAGCGUACGGCUGUCCUUGAUAAAACGGUGGCCCGUAGACUGCCAACAUCCAGCAAUGUCCGAUGGAACUUUCACAGCCAAGCCAUCAACACUGUGUUUGAGCAGAGAGAUGAUCUCAUUCAAUGUUUUGAGAACAUACGAGAUUCGGGUGACUUUGACUCCAACACCAUCAGAGAGGCAGGAGCCAUGGCCAUGCUGCUGGAACAUCAGGACUUUAAGUUCUUCCUGGAACUUUUUCACCACAUCAUGCCACUUGUGGACCUCCUCUAUGCCAAGCUCCAGAAGAAGAACAUAGAUGCAGUCCACAUCAAAAGGAGCAUCCAGCAGUUCGAACAGGACAUACAAAACAUCAGAUUGCAGCCAGCUGUGCUGCCCUGCACUCUGGAGCUGCCACACCCAUGA